AUGAUUUGUCAAUCUCUCGCCAACCAGGCAACGCUGCCCUUCAUGAUAUUCUUGGAUCGUAGAAGUACGGACGCUGAUCCUUUCGACCCACAGCGCGGGCUGACCUACCGCUACAUGGGAUGGUGUAUGAUGCACAAGACUCCGAAGAUGAUUGAGGCCACCCGCUCUGUGGAUGUCCGCGACCUUCUCUUGGACCAGGUCGUGAUGUUUCAAGCCGACGUGGAUGCGUGGUGGAACCUUUCAUUCUGCCAUGCGAUCCCUGCAUUUGCGACGCUCCUAUGGGGUGAAGAGCUCUUCCUGGGGUGGGUCAUUGCCGGCUGCACCAGGUCGGUGCUCGCCAUGCACAUCAACCUCAUCCUCUUGCGCUUCCAGCAUCUGUGGUGCCCACAGAAGGUGCUGAUAUCAGCCGCAGAUUCUUCCGAGGAGGAGGAGGACUUGAUGGCGAAGAAGAGCUUCACGCGCCAGGCUUCCAUUGCUGACGUCGGCUUGGCUAUGGAGCAGGAAGCGCAGGAGUCCCAGCCGGUUCCUCCUCUCCCCUUGGGGAAGCCAGGGCCCUCGGAAGAUGGAGGUGGCGUCUUUGUGAAGUACAAGGUCCACGAGUCCAGCAGCGGCGCGGAUCCUUCGGUGGAGGUGAAGCUUGAGCCGCUCUGGCGCCGCAGCACCCUUGUGGACCUGGCGAAGGACGCUGUUGCGGACAUCCUCCAGGUGCAGGCACAGGCUGUGAAGCCGGACCGCCCUCUGAUGGACUUGGGCUUUGACUCGGCUGGAGCACUGAAGCUCAGAAACAAGCUGAGCAGGCGCCUGAAGAUUGAGCUGCCUCCCACGCUUCUCUUUGACCAUCCCACCAUCAAUGCAGCAGCCGCAUAUUGUCGCUAUGAUUUCCGUUUGGCUUCACUUCUGACGAAGGACAUGGUGGACAAUGGCUUGGCGCUGCUGUCAAAGAGACCGAUGACUCCCGCGCACACUGACGGCAUCCCUGCGCCCACUGCGCAGCCCGAAACGGUCCUUGUCGAAGAUGAUUUUCACUCGUCGAGCUCAGGUUUGAAGCUCUACUGGGACAUGUUGGCUGACAAGAAGGAUGCCGUGGUUGAAGUGCCGCUAGCUCGUGCUGCUCCAAGCAUGUUGCAGCCCCCCAAGAACCCCGAAACGCGCCCAUGUGGACCCACCCGACAAGGCUGGGACCACGAGCUCUACUACUCCAAAGAGCCACAGGAAGGCAAGACCUAUGCCCGCCAUGGCGGCUUUGUUGAGGCAUGGUCAUGCAAAGUCUCGUUUUGGUCAUGA